UGCGGACGCCAGCUAGACCGAGCCCUGGGAGGCUACGGGGUCCCCCGGAAACCCUGCCAGGGGAGCCGGGUUUUGCGCUCAGGCGCCUCUAGCGGCGGCCCCCAGAAGUCUGACUCGCGAGGCCCGAGUUGCAGGGACUGAAUAGCAAACUGAGGCUCAGUAGGGAACAACAGACCAUGAGGUCAGUGCAGAUCUUCCUCUCCCAAUGCCGAUUGCUCCUUGUACUAGUUCCGACAGUGCUCCUUCUUAAGUCUCUUGGCGAAGAUGUAAUUUUUCACCCUGAAGGGGAGUUUGACUCAUAUGAAGUCACCAUUCCUGAGAAGCUGAGCUUCCGGGGAGAGGUGCAGAGUGUGGUCAGUCCCGUGUCCUACCUACUGCAGUUAAAAGGCAAGAAGCACGUCCUCCAUUUGUGGCCCAAGAGACUUCUGUUGCCCCAACAUCUGCGCGUUUUCUCCUUCACAGAACAUGGGGAACUGCUGGAGGAUCAUCCUUAUAUACCAAAGGACUGCAACUACAUGGGCUCCGUGGAAGAGUCUCCGGACUCUAAAGCUACUAUAAGCACAUGCAUGGGUGGUCUCCGAGGUGUAUUUAACAUUGAUGCCAAACAUUACCAAAUUGAGCCCCUCAAGGCCUCUCCCAGUUUUGAACAUGUCGUCUAUCUCCUGAAGAAAGAGCAGUUUGGGAAUCAGGUUUGUGGCUUAAGUGAUGAUGAAAUAGAAUGGCAGAUGGCCCCUUAUGAGAAUAAGGCGAGGCUAAGGGACUUUCCUGGAUCCUAUAAACACCCAAAGUACUUGGAAUUGAUCCUACUCUUUGAUCAAAGUAGGUAUAGGUUUGUGAACAGCAAUCUUUCUCAAGUCAUACAUGAUGCCAUUCUUUUAACUGGGAUUAUGGACACCUACUUUCAAGAUGUUCGUAUGAGGAUACACUUAAAGGCUCUUGAAGUAUGGACAGAUUUUAACAAAAUACGCGUUGGAUAUCCAGAAUUAGCUGAAGUUUUAGGCAGAUUUGUAAUAUAUAAAAAACAUGUAUUAAAUGCUCGCCUGUCAUCAGAUUGGGCACAUUUAUAUCUUCAAAGAAAAUAUAAUGAUGCUCUUGCAUGGUCGUUUGGAAAAGUGUGUUCUCUAGAAUAUGCUGGAUCAGCGAGUACUUUACUAGAUACAAAUAUCCUUGCCCCUGCUACCUGGUCUGCUCAUGAGCUGGGUCAUGCCGUAGGGAUGUUACAUGAUGAACAAUACUGCCAAUGCAGGGGUAAGCUUAAUUGCAUCAUGGGCUCAGGACGCACUGGGUUUAGCAAUUGCAGUUAUAUCUCUUUUUUUAAACACAUCUCUUCGGGAGCAACAUGUCUAAAUAAUAUCCCAGGACUAGGUUAUGUGCUUAAGAGAUGUGGAAACAAAAUUGUGGAAGACAAUGAGGAAUGUGAUUGUGGUUCCACAGAGGAGUGUCAGAAAGAUCGGUGUUGCCAAUCAAAUUGUAAGUUGCAACCAGGUGCCAACUGUAGCACGGGACUUUGCUGUCAUGAUUGUCAGUUUCGUCCAUCUGGAUACGUGUGUAGGCAGGAAGGAAAUGAAUGUGACCUUGCGGAGUACUGUGACGGGAAUUCAAGUUCCUGCCCAAAUGACGUUUAUAAGCAGGAUGGAACCCCUUGCAAGUAUGAAGGCCGUUGUUUCAGGAAGGGGUGCAGAUCCAGAUAUAUGCAGUGCCAAAGCAUUUUUGGACCUGAUGCCAUGGAGGCUCCUAGUGAGUGCUAUGACGCAGUUAACUUAAUAGGUGAUCAAUUUGGUAACUGUGAGAUUACAGGAAUUCGAAAUUUUAAAAAGUGUGAAAGUGCAAAUUCAAUAUGUGGCAGGCUACAGUGUAUAAAUGUCGAAACCAUCCCUGAUUUGCCAGAGCAUACGACUAUAAUUUCUACUCAUUUACGGGCAGAAAAUCUCAUGUGCUGGGGCACAGGCUAUCAUCUAUCCAUGAAACCCAUGGGGAUACCUGACCUGGGUAUGAUAAAUGAUGGCACCUCCUGUGGAGAAGACCGGAUAUGUUUUAACAAAAAUUGCGUCAAUAGCUCAGUCCUGCAGUUUGACUGUUUGCCUGAGAAGUGCAAUACCCGGGGUGUUUGCAACAACAGAAGAAACUGCCACUGCAUGUAUGGCUGGGCACCUCCAUUCUGUGAGGGGGUGGGGUAUGGAGGAAGCAUUGACAGUGGGCCUCCAGGACUGCUCAGAGGGGCGAUUCCCUCGUCAAUUCGGAUUGUGUCCAUCAUAAUGUUUCGCCUUAUUUUAUUAAUCCUUUCAGUGGUUUUUGUGUUUUUCCGGCAAGUGAUAGGAAACCAUCUAAAACCUAAACAGGAAAAAAUGCCACUAUUCAAAGCAAAAACUGAACAGGAAGAAUCUAAAACAAAAACUGUACAGGAAGAAUCUAAAACAAAAACUGGACAGGCAGAAUCUAAAGCAAAAACUGGACAGGAAGAAUCUAAAACAAAAACUGUACAGGAAGAAUCUAAAGCAAACAUUGAAAGUAAACGACCCAAAGCAAAGAGUGUCAAGAAACAAAAAAAGUAACCGGGCAAUCCAUACUCAUUCAGUAACACUGGCUCAUUUAUUUAACCAGCUAAUCAUUUAUCCAAAGGCUUUCCAUUCUUCUCCCAAUAUUUUUUUACUUUAAUUUUUCCCACAAGUUUUGAUCAGCAAAUAAACGGCAUUCAUGUUUUGGAAACAAACCAGUGCAUUCUACUUCUCUAGUGUUCACUUGCCCCUCAGUUUGUGACCAAGUUGUGGGUAUUCUGAAAAUCAUGCUCUAAUGGCUUUUCCAUACACUAAAGCUCUGAAAGUAGUGAGUUUCCUAGAAUUACCGUGGUAUUCAAGGUUUAGUCUUGUUUCUCAGAAUCCCAGGGAACAAAGCAAUUGUCUGCCUCUCCCUCUGCCUCCCUCAACUUGAUCCAUGUGAACAUCUGCACCUGCACCCAUGCUGAUCAACAAAUGCCAACAACACA